AUGGCUAGUGGUAGUGGUGGUGUGGAUGGUAGUGGUGCAGGCAGUGGUGGCUGGGAUAGUGAAGCAUCGCGGCAAAUCUGGGAACAGAUACGGGCGUAUACGUCCGCUGAGAUAAAUCGCAUGAUGAGGACGGUCUUGCAGCAGCAGCAGCAGCAGUCGGCGAUACCUCGCCCCAUCCAGCAUCAAGUUGUAGUACCCCGGGACCACAUCGCUGCAUACCAACGGUUGUUUGAGGACUAUUUCAGCGAGCAAUCGCGGUUUGGGGACAACUUCUUCCGGCGACGUUUUAGGAUGCAUCGAGAUCUAUUUAUGCUUAUCGUGAACGCUUUAGAGCGUCGGUACAAGUACUUCCGGUUCAGGAGGGAUGCGAGUGGCAGACCCAGACACACGCCUAUACAGAAGUGCACUGCUGCAAUUAGGCAGUUGGCUUACGGAGGCGAGACCGACAUGUUCGACGAGUACCUCUACAUCGGCGAGACCACUGCCCGCGAAUGUCUCCAGUAUUUUUGUCAGGCCGUCAUUCAAAUAUUCGGGGAGACGUACUUGCGGAAGCCUACCCCCCAAGACUGUUGGGAACUGAUGGAUAUGCACGUGAUGGUGCACGAGUUUCCUGGGAUGUUGGACAACAUAGAUUGCAUGCAUUGGGAGUGGAAGAACUGCCCUAUCGCCUGGAAGGGUCACUACACGACCGGCUUCAAAGGCAAGAAUCAGAAGAUUUUCCUCGAAGCCUGUUGUCAAGAGAGCGAAGAGAUUUUGGCAAAAAUUGAUGAUGUAGAGAUAUACAUGCCUUUUAAAGCUUAA